AUGCCUGGUGAUGAACCAAACCCACAAAAGGGUGCCCUGCAUCCCGUAUACACUGUCACCAACAUUCAGAACAAGGUUCGUGUCCUUGAUGGUGUCAAAGUCACAUACUCGUCAUGGGUAAAGUUGUUUAAACUUCACGCUCGAGGUUAUAAGGUCUUAGCUCACAUAGAUGGCACCGCUUCACCAGCCAAGACUGCUGCAGAUUACAACCAGUGGAGUGAGAUCGAUGCCAUUGUUUUACAAUGGAUCUAUGGAUCGAUAUCUGAUGAUAUUCUUGUCCGUGUUCUUGAACCUGAUUCCACUGCAUACGAAGCAUGGGAAAAGAUCAAAAAUCUUUUUCUCAACAAUAAAGGCUCAAGAGCUGCUGCACUUGAACAAGAAUUUACCAACCUUACCCUCCGAUCAAUGAACUCCCUGGAUGAAUAUUGCCAAAAAUUGAAAGAUCUUGCAGAUCAACUGACGGACGUUGAAAACCCGGUCAGUGAAAAACGACUAGUUCUUCAGAUGGUUCGUGGCCUCCCACCAGAAUACGAUACUGCUGCCGCCUUCAUUAACCAAACAUUGCCUGACUGGGACACCGCCCGCAACAUGCUUCAACUUGAGCACAACCGACAGCAAGCUCGAGAAAGCAAAUCUGUCACCGGUAGGUUGUUAGCUAUUGUACCUACCUAUUUAUGUAUCAUAUCCCUUUCAAUAAGAGAUCGAUUGAUUCUACGGAAUCCUUUACUUCAGACACACAUAGGGUCGAAGAUGGUUGAAGAUUGCAGCAUCAAAUUAAGGAGAACAAUGGAAGAACGAGGGUUGUGA